UUUCUUCUGGCAUCCAAGCUUCCCCAGAUGCUGCUGGAGGAUCUGGAGGGGACUUCAGCAGAGCCCUGGUCCCUCUUCACAAUAUGGCUUCUCCUCACCUUCUCCUUCCUGCUGAUGCCUGCAGCGGCCCAGGACGACAGUGACAAAGUGCGGAGGAGUGAGGAGUGUGCGCCCCACUUGCAGCCAUGGCAAGUGGCCCUCUUCGAGCGGGGGCGCUUUAACUGCGGUGCUUCCCUCCUCUCCCCACGCUGGGUGCUGUCUGCAGCCCACUGCCAAACCCGCUCCGUGAGAGUGCGCUUGGGCGAGCACAAUCUACGCAAGCGCGAUGGCCCAGAGCAACUGCGGACUGUUUCUCGCAUCAUCCCACAUCCGCAAUACGAAGCGCGAAGCCACCGCCAUGAUGUGAUGUUGCUGCGUCUAACCCGGCCCGCGCGCCUCUCCGCCCAAGUGCGCCCGAUCCCGCUGCCCACGCGCUGUCCCCAACCUGGCGAGGCCUGCGUGGUGUCAGGCUGGGGCCUGGUGCCUGACAAAGAGCCUGGGGCCGCAGGGAGCCCAGUGUCACAAGUGAGCCUGCCAGACACCUUGCAUUGUGCCAAUAUCAGCAUUCUCUCGACCACAUCUUGUAACAAGGACUACCCAGGGCACCUGAUGAGCACCAUGGUGUGUGCCGGUGUGGAGAGUGGAGGCACCGACUCCUGCGAGGGUGAUUCUGGAGGACCCCUGGUCUGUGGAGGCAUCCUGCAGGGCAUUGUGUCCUGGGGUGAUGUCCCCUGUGACACUACCACCAAGCCUGGUGUCUAUACCAAAGUCUGCAGCUACUUGGAGUGGAUGAAGGAAACCAUGUCGAAGAACUAACUAUUCUGACAUACUGCCUGAGUCUCAGAAGCCCACAUGGCUGGCCAGCAGUCCCAACCUGACCUGGGACAGAACUGGGCCACCUGCCAAUAGCCUCUCCAAGGCCCAGAGGUUAGCCAAGGACCUGCCCAUCUGAGACCAGAGCUGGUGCUCAAGGUCACCUGUUUGAUACCAAGAUAACAGAGAGCACUGAUGCAAAUUUCUCUGUAGGAGUUUCUGUGACUUUCAGGAUUGAAGGGAAAUGGGAGCCAGAGACUGGGUGGGGAACCCAGAGCCUCUGUACACUGUCCUUUUUCACCCACUCCUCUGAUCCCUAGGUGAGAAGAAAUGACUUGAAGCAGGGCUCUGUUCACUCAACACUCGGACCAACACCUAGGGCCUAGGAUCUUGAACAAAAGACCCAACCUCAAUCAGCCUGGGUUUCCCCAUCUCAUAUUGCUUACCUCAUAGGGCUGUGGGGAUGAUUAAAUGAGAUGAUG